AGAGUCUGGACAAACUGAGCAGGGAUAGUCUGUAGAGUUAGAAAGUCUUUGGACUUCACUAACAGACCGCUGACCGCUCCUCAUCUGGAGUUGUAAUGAACUUGUAACUUUAGUAAAUAAAGCCAGUUGUAGUUUAGCUCGUAUUGAUUCUGUUCUGCUUCGAUCCAAACAACGGGUUUUAAAUGCAACGCUGCCUGAUUUAUGAGAAGACGAUGGCCGAGACUAAGACCGGCGGGAGUUCACUCAACAACAACAAUUGUAAAGACCACAGCCGCAGAAAGUUACUGGUCGGUGUGGACCUCUUCUGUCUGUUUUUAGCUGGCCUGCCUUUCUUGGUCAUUGAAACCAGCGCGGUGCAGCCUUACCGUAGAGGGUUUUACUGCGAUGACGAGUCCAUCAAAUACCCCGCCAAAAAGGGAGACACCAUAAGUGACGGUGUGCUCAGUGCUGCUGGUAUUCUGAUCACCAUACUGUCUAUUAUCAUUGGGGAGAGCUACAGGAUCUACUUCCUGCACGAAGGCUCCAAGUCUUUUGUGGCAAACCCGUAUAUCUCAGCGUUGUACAAACAGGUGGGUGUGUUCAUCUUCGGCUGCGCCAUCAGCCAGUCCUUCACCGACAUCGCCAAAGUCUCUGUGGGGCGCAUGAGGCCGCACUUCCUGGACGUGUGCAAACCAGAUUUCAGCACCAUCAACUGCUCCCUGGGAUACAUCACGCAGUACCAGUGCCAGGGCCCGGAGAGUAAAGUACAAGAGGCCAGGAAGUCUUUCUUUUCUGGACAUGCAUCAUUCUCUAUGUAUACCAUGCUGUAUCUGGUGUUUUACCUGCAGUCCCGUUUCACCUGGCACGGAGCCCGCCUCCUGCGCCCCCUGACCCAGUUCACCCUCAUCAUGAUGUCCUUCUACACAGGCCUGUCCCGAGUGUCUGACCAUAAGCACCACCCCACAGAUGUCCUGGCUGGAUUCAUACAAGGAGCCCUGGUGGCAUACUGCAUUGCGUUUCACGUUUCAGACCUGUUUAAACCAAAAGGCAGACGGUCUACUGUGUCACCUUUGCCAGUGAAGAAAGAUAUAGUUCCUCCUCCCGACAUCAGAGAAAGAAGUAACCCUCUUAUAAUGGCAUGAAAAGAACCCUCUAGGCAACCUGACGUGUGCCAUUUAUAAUCACUACUAAACCAUGUGGACAAAAGCUCCCACUCGUGAACCUUGAAACAUCUCAGAGACACAUUUUUAUACAAAUAAUUACACAACCCAAGCCCUUGGUGGUGAACUCAUCCUAUGGUUCUGUUUUGGAGAAUCUCUGGUGAGGUCAGGCCAUGGAAAAAGCAGCUGUGAACAAAGCUAUGCGUGUUUUGGUACAUGCAUACAAUUUUCUGCCACUUUUUUUUUUUACUGUGCAACAAAAUCAUGAACAACAACUUCCUUUAUUUCUGGAAGGAUUUAAAACUUUUCCAAAUGUAUUUUAGCAAACCUCAGUAUAAUGUCACCACUUGAAUGACCAGAAGUGAAGCUUUUGAUAAGCUUUAUAAUAGUUUGAGUUCUAUUUUGUCUUGUUUAUGUAGUCUCAUGUACUUUACAGUAUUAUGCGUAAGUUACAGUGGAUAUGAGAGCGAGCAUUUGGGGUAGACCUCUUCUGCUGGUUAGGACGAGCCCCCGCUGAGCCAUUUAAUGAAAUGCCAGUCUGUUUUAAGUUACAGGCAGAUUCCCAGUGUGAAACCACAGUAAGGAUGUACAAUAUUUGUGUGAAUCCAGUGCGUUAAUGUCAUGUCUGUGUAUUUCAAUGUGUAUAGUCUGACCAGCCGGACUACAGUUACUGGUAUAAAUCAAGGCGCUGUUUCACCUAUAGUCUACACAAACAUGGCUACAGUCACUUGUCUUGGUUUUAGUAUUUUAGUCCUGCUUUAUUCCUGAUCUAGUUUAGUUCCUCAUUUAGUUCCAGAUUUAGUCCCACUUCAGUCGACUUUUGAAGCUGUGGCCUGCAGCUAAAUGGAUGUUGGCAACACCACUUCCCAUCAUUUUUUCUCGUACAUUGUUUUUUUUUAUGUAUUUCUAAAGCACAUAAAUCUAUUAAAAAACAAAACAAUAGAAACUGAUAAUCCCACUUUAGAUAAUCAGAUUAUGACAUUUUUGGAAAUGAUUCAGUAGGUACAGAUUGUUGACCCCCAUCCAAAAUUAGACAGACAAGCAUAUUAUAUACUUUGCGUAACUGGAUUUGUUUGGGGUUUUUAUUAAUAUAGCAGUUCCAAGGUUGAAUUGACAGUCACAUCUGAAGGCAGUUUUUAAUAUCUCCCAUAUCCAAUGCUCCAACCAGCAACAGUAAUGUACAUUCUGGAUGCUACAAACCGUUUUGUUGUGCUUUAUAUUUGUGUGUAAAUACAUGUUGAUUAGACCUGUGUAUUUGUCCUCGUGCUGCUUUAUUGAUAUUCAAAUGGGCAUUGAUACUUUGAAAUAAAACGCCACACAGUUUUGGUACAUUAUUGUUUUAAAUUGUAUUUUUGUAACUGUCAAAUGUACAAAAGGUGUAUGAUGUUUGAAGUUCUUAAUAAAUGAGUAUCAAAA